AACUGUCAACUCCGAACUCGUUUAAGUUCGGCCAACACCGAGCACCAACACCGAACUCGUUUAAGUUCGGCCAACACCGAGCACUGAGCACCGAGCUCAACACCGAACAUUGAGCUCGGUUAAUCCCUGAGCACGACUACAAACUCGACCAAUCACCGAGCAUGAUUGCAGUUCGUCAGAUCACUGAACAGCACAUCGGUCCCUAAUCGCCGAACAGUAUAUCGGUAACCGAACUGAACUGAUUGUGCAGUUUUGCCCCAAUCCUCAUAACAGGAAUUGAGAGAAUGGGAGCACAAGAGCCAAGUGAAGGGCAAGAUGCACGCAUGCGGCCAUGACGCCCACACCGCAAUGCUUCUGGGCGCCGCAUCGAUUCUGCAGCAGCUCCGCGCCUACUUAACCGGAACGGUGGUGCUGAUAUUCCAACCGGCGGAGGAGAGCGGCGAGGGCGCGAGGGAGAUGGUGAGAGAGGGCGUGGUCGACAACGUCACCGCUAUUUUGGGGCUGCACACCGUGCAUGGAUAUUCGCGCGGCGUCGUCGCUUCCCGCCCGGGGAAGUUUCUGGCCGGCUGCGGGAGCUUCAAGGCCGUGAUCGGCGGCCAUGGAGAUGCAGCCGAUCACAUCUUGGCUGCUUCUGCUUCGAUUAUAAGCUUGCAGAAUAUUGUGUCUAGAGAGACUGACCCUUUGGACUCUCAGGUGGUUUCUGUGACUAUGGUGCAUGCGGGAGAUGCAACGAAUGUAGUCACGAUUGCGGGAACGUUCAGAGCAUUCGGCAGAAAUAGCAUGUAUGCAAUUAGGAAAAGAAUUGAAGAGGUUAUAAAAGGUCAAGCUGCGGUGCAGCGGUGCUUGGCGGAGGUGGAAUUCGAGGGAGAAGAGCAUCCGACGCUUCCGCCGACCAUAAACACCGAGAAAAUAUACGAACAUGUGAAGCAAGUUUCAUGGAAUGUUGUUGGGGAAGACAACACGAUUUUGGCUCCAACGUUUAUGGGAAGUGAAGAUUUUGCAGUAUACUUGGAGAAAAUAGAAGGAUCAUUCUUGCUGUUGGGAGUUGGAAACGAAAAGGCAGGAUCUGUUUACCCACCUCACAGCCCUUACUUCACAGUUGAUGAGGAUGUUCUUCCCAUUGGAGCCUCAAUCCAUGCUCUUUUUGCAAUUUCUUAUCUGCUCAAUCUAACUACCCCUUGCCAAUUACUCCUUAUUUGAUACUACCAUUAUUGUCAUUUGCAACAAUAUGCUUCAAUUAUUUCAGUUAUGCAUGCUUCAUCAAAUAAUUAAUACUGCUAACAACUCCAUAUAUAUGUGGCUUAUCUCUUCACAUGAAUGAAAUCAAGUGAUGCUAAAAGCACUACAUAUAACUAGU